UGGCCGCCCGUGCGCGUUCUCGCCGCAUCAAUUUUUUUUUGGACUUUGACACCCAUUCCCGUCGUCGCCGUCGUCGUCGUCGUCACGAUUAUGGUUGUCCGGACGAACAGCGAACGAAACGAUAUGCAAUCGUCUAACGGCGGUACGAUGUUUCGAUUACAAUGUCUCUAACUGACAUUUGUCUAAUGUAUCUCUUAUUGUUUAAUUCUUAAUACCCGUUUUUUUCCCCGUUUUUUUUCUAUUUAUUUUUUUGUUUAAUUAUAAUUUUUUUACGUUUUUUUUUUUUUAUAUAUACAUUACGUAUCAAUUUUCUUUAUUUUAAUUUAAUUUUAAAAUUUUAAAUUAAACUACUUUUAUUCAAAUUUUUAUACUCGUACUUAGUAUUCUAAAUCCGCUUUAGCUCGUAUACUUUAAUAUAACUCAUAAAAUCUACCAUCUUUGUCGUCUUACGUUUAUAUAUUAUUAUAAUAUUAUAUACGUCUCUUAUACACGCGGGUGGAUUUCGAUUCGUCGUGAAGUAAAGGAAAAAGUCACAAUUGCUCUUUCGUAUUCCAAAAACACAAUUUCCAAAUUCAGAAGAAAAAUGUCGACCAUCGUUGAUACGUCUCAUAGUUGUACCUAAUUUUUUUCCCCAAUCAAUCUACCUAUUAUACUAAGGAUUCGUCAUUAGAAUAUUUUCCUAUUUACGAAGACAUCAAUUAAUUAGUAAAUAUGAAAGAUAAACCGAAUUCAACUCGCAUUUAUGACGAGGAUGGAUUUCGCAGGCGAGCUGCUUGUAUAUGUGUGCGCAAUGAUUCCGAUGAGGUGUUGUUGGUGACUUCAUCUAGUAGACCUGAACAAUGGAUCGUACCUGGUGGUGGUAUUGAACCUGAAGAAGAACCAAGUGCCACUGCUUUAAGGGAAGUAGUUGAAGAAGCUGGUGUUGUGGGCAGAUUACAUAGAAGACUUGGCACAUUUGAAGAUAGAACUCAUAUCAGACGGCAUAGAACAGAUGUGUUUGUUAUGAUUGUAACAGAAGAAUUAGCAGAGUGGGAAGACUCUUUGGGCAUAGGUCGCAAACGCAAAUGGUUUAAAUUGGAAGAUGCACUGAAUAUGCUACGUCUACACAAACCUACUCAACACACGUACCUGGAAAGUUUUGCUCUCAAUAAACAAAAAGCAAACAUCUGAAAAAGUCAUCCUUUAAAUAAAUUAUUUGCUCCAAAUGGAAAAAAAAAUAUUCCCUAAAAUGUUUAUAUUAAUAGUAAUAUCAAUAAAUAAUAGAUUUUAGUCCAUUUUUAGUCAAUGAAUUCAAUUUUACGUUUAAUAUCAAAAUAAUGUUCAUUUAUUUUUAGAUAUAAGGGAAGAUUUUUUUUUUAUUAUUA